UCCUCAUACACUACUAUAUACCUCUCUCACUCAAUACUCUCAUCAACACUUGGUUUAGCAAGAGAAAAAAUACCAACCAUGGCAACCAUUUCUACUGAUCAACCAAGAGGAUCCUACUCCUAUGGAACCUCCUAUGGAGCACCCUAUGGAACCACCUAUGAGACCAACAGCAGCAUUAACAACCCUCCUUCACGCCAAACCGUGAAGUUCAUAACUGCUGCAACUAUUGGCAUCACACUCUUACUCCUGUCUGGGUUGACCCUCACAGGCACUGUCAUAGGUUUGAUCAUUGCAACCCCUCUUCUUGUUAUCUUCAGCCCCAUCCUUGUCCCUGCUGCGUUUGUGCUGUUCCUGGUUGCUUCUGGCUUUUUGUUCUCUGGGGGCUGUGGUGUGGCUGCCAUUGCUGCUUUAUCUUGGAUUUACAACUACGUUUCUGGGAACCAGCCUGCGGGUUCUGACACCCUUGACUAUGCAAAAGGGUACCUUACUGAUAAGGCAAGGGAUGUGAAGGAGAGGGCAAAGGAUUAUGGAAGUUAUGCUCAGGGUAGAAUUAAUGAGGCCACACAAGGAACUUAUUAGUCAUGCAUGCAUGAAUAUAUGCAUGUGUGUAUGAGGUUGAAUUGAAGGUGGUGAUGGUGGUGGUACCCUUGUGGAUUUGCAUGUUCAAGUUCUGCUGUUUAUUUUGAAUCUUGUUUGCAUUGUGCUGUGUUGUUCUGGUUUUUGUAAUCUCUCGUUCGUUUUUUUAAGCUAAAUCUUUCGCCUUAUUUGUGUAACAACCAUCAUGUUAAUAAAUCUCUUUUGUAGCUAGACCAAUGAUUCCUCUUGUUAAAAUGUGAGUUGGGUUGUUUCCUCG